GAUAUCGGGUGUUUCGCAGUGAUGGUACAGCGAUGAGCCUGCAGGCCCAGGCUCCAGCCCAACGCCCUGCGAGGUACUCCCCUCAGGAGACCAUCAAGAUCUACACGGAUUGGGCGAAUUAUUAUUUGGAACGUGGGGGGUGCAAGAGAAGAGUGGCCGAUCUCCAGGCUGACCUCUCCGACGGUGUUCUCUUGGCUGAUCUGGUGGAGGCUGUCACCAAUCAGAAGGUGAUCGACGUAAACCGGAAGCCGAAAAGCGCCCAACAAAUGUCGCAUGCAAGGGAACGCCGACCGUUCUGUGAAAGAUUAAAAUUCUAGAUUGUAGAUAAGAGC